CCGGAAAAGGGCCACGCUGCGAAACAACAGUCAUUUGUAGGGAGUAAGAUUGUCCACGACACGCGGCGGAUUGAAGCGAGACUUGCAGUAAAAUGUCUAAGUCCGAGGUUCUGAGAGGAUUUGUUACUGAGAGACUCGCCGCCGCCUCCCAGGAAAUCUUAGCGGCCGUGGACGGACUCGUAGCCGGGUACGAGGAGGAGGCGUCGGGCUUCAGAGAGGAGAUCGACCGGCAGAGGAGACAGCUGGAGCUUCUCCUGCAGCCUCAGGUCACACUCAUCAAAGCCGGUGUGAAGCGCAGCAGGAGACUCUACCAUGAUGAAGAGGAGGAUGAAGAUGAGGACAAGUUCACGAAGAACCUGGUAGAUUGGAAUAAAUCAACUCCAUCAAGGUCUUUUUCCUCCAGAGGUCAGUUUGAGCAGAGGAAGCAUGGCGGAACUCAGAUCAGUGAAACUCAGAACCACAUGGACCUCAGGAUCCGCAUCCUGGAGGACCCACAGACUGAAGUACUUUCAAAAAAUGUUCUUAAGAAAUGUCCGAUGCUGAAGCUGAAGUGUCCUCGAGGUCUGCAGGAGGUGGACUUCUUGGACCUGCUGAGGUCCACCUUCCCUCAACUGGCUGGAGACAACAAACCUUUUGACAUCUUAACGUCAAACAAGAGACGGAGGUUAAAGUGUCUGAAUUUAAAGGCGGUGACGCCGGAGGAGAUCCACAGAAACAUCAGUUGUGCAGGAUGGGCGACAUCAACUCUCUUCAUCAGACUGAAGGCACAAAAAGAAACUGAGGGCAGGGAAGAAGAGAUUCAUCCUCUGCAGACAAAAGACAGCAGCACUGAGGACACUUCAUCCACUGCUGCCAUGUUGACAUGUGAUGAAACUGGGCCACUAACAAGCCCAGUUCAGGAGGUCGAAGGUAGCAGCUGCUCAACAUCACAACAACAGGACGUGGUGACAGAGGAAGCUGAUGAUGACCAUUGCUGGAUAACACAACCAGCUCAGGACUUUGUGGCCCGCUCCGCAACUGAAACUAAAGGGGAUGCUAGUGAAGGUGAUGAAAAGGAAGAAGAAAGAGAAGAGGUGAAUGACAGUGAUGACGAAUGGAAACCAGACAAGUGUGACGAGGAGCUGAGGGAAAGUGACUCUGAGCUGCAGUUGAAGACGACCAAGAAACAAAAAGCCAGACGUUCUGGUGUCAAGAUCCCUAAGACAAAGACUGAAAACAGUGAUGCUGUUUUCUCUUGCAAAGUCUGCAGAGCUCUGCACAAAUCAGAAGUCACCUUUGUGAAACACGCCUGGAGUCACGUGGAAGAUCCAGGAAGUCUUUGUGGAGUCUGUGGGGAACGUCCAGAGUCUGUGGAGGCGUUGAAGUAUCAUCUUCAAAGUCACCACAAAACUGACGACUGUCACACAUGUGGAGAGUCUUUCCUCAGCGUGCUAAGCCUCAAUGAGCACGUGGCUGGCCACUCUGGGGAGAGACCAUACAAAUGCCAUGUUUGCCAUGCUGCGUUUGCAUUAAUGGCAUCCCUGGAGAAUCAUCAGAAACUCCACGAGGAGGGUAAGCCUCACAAAUGCUACACCUGCCACAAAGUGUUUGAGCUGGAGGAACAGUUAAAAGCUCACCGCAGGAUUCACACCAGCAAGAAGACGCACCUCUGUGGCGUAUGUGGGAAAUCCCUCAGUGACCACAGAUCUUUAUCCCGCCACAAGAUGAUCCACUCUGGAGAAAGACCUCACAGCUGUCAGGUUUGCGGGAGGAGUUUCAAACUUCCCGGCACACUCAGACAACACGAGAAGAUUCACACGGACAGGGAGAGGUCGUACCUCUGCGACGUCUGCUGCAAAAUGUUCCUGACGAGCAAGCAGCUGCAGAUUCACAUGAGAACGCACACCAACGAGAAGCCGUACCACUGCGGUGAGUGCGGCAAGGGAUUCUCCACCAAGGGACCCUUGACCAUUCACAUGCGGGUCCACACCGGAGAGACACCGUACCGCUGCCCCGACUGUGGCUGGUCCUUCAAACGCAAGAUCAAUCUGGACAACCACGUGACGGUCCAUUCAGGCGCGAAACCGUUUAUCUGCGGGAUCUGUGGGAAGGCGUGCGCUCGCAAGACAUACCUGACCGUUCACAUGAGGACACACAAUGGAGAGAGACCAUACAAAUGUACACGGUGUGACAAAGCAUUUACUCAAAGCCACUGUCUGAAAACACACAUGAAGAGCCACCAGCUGGCAGAAGCUGCAACGUAGCUCAAAUUCAUCCCUUUAACUUUCUCUUCUUUGAACAAAACUGUGAGAGUUUGA